GUGUGGUUGGGGUUAUAGUGGGUAAAGCAGUAGAUAUUUCCCAGCCAGUGGAUGAAACCCGGAGCCGUGUGUUUGGUCAUGAGUGGGCUGUGGCAGUGGGUUCUCUGUGCGCUGGCUGUGAGUGGGACGGCAGGGACAAACGGAGAGUUGACGGGGACGGAGGGACGACUUCUGCAUGCUGAUGAGACAAACUUCACAAAGCAGGACUUCAGAAAACAACAGCAGCAGCAGCAAGGCCUGCCAGGCAGCAGCUUCAUCCUGAGGGUUCAGGUGAGCGACAUGCUGACUGGGCGGCCACUGAGCAAGGCAGCGGUGGAGCUUUUCGUCAACCACACCCUACGCAGCUCGGCCUUCAGCGGCGACGGCGGAGACGCCCGGCUCCACGUGCCGUUCCACGCUGGGCUUCCUGUCGCCGUGGCAACCAGCAAGCAGGGCUUUAUUUCCGCUCUGCUGCUGUGGGAAACCAGCAGGAAACCCAUCUUUUCAUCAGUGACUCUGUCCCUGCUGGCUCUGACUCGAGGGAACAUCUGGCUGUUUGACGACUCGGUUCUGAUCACCAGCAGAACUGCAGCUGCAGUUUCUCAGGCCACAGUGAGUUUUCCUCAGCGGCUCCUGAACCUGACGCACGGCGGGAAUCUGACCGCCAUCAGAUCGUACUUGACGGUUCCUCGGCUGACCUCAGACCAGGGCGACUCGCUGAACACGCUGGGCAUCGUGAGCAGCAAGUCAGGGUUCGUGAGCGUGGAGCUGAGUCCGGUGGCGGCCGUCAGCGUGCGGCUUUUCUCCGGAGACGUGGAGCUGAACGUCAGCGGCCCAAUCCAGAUCAGCCUCAACGUUCCCGAGAGCCGAGGGCUCCAGGAGUCCGACGUUGUUCCAGCCUGGUUCUUCAGCAGAACUACCGGUGGAUGGAUGAGGAGAGGACUGGGAAAGAUGACGCUGGUAGAUGGGAAACUGAUGUGGACCUUCACCGCUCCUCACCUGGGAUACUGGAUCGCAGCACCUGUGACCUCCAGCAGAGGUUUCUUUGGACUUCAGACUCUUGUUGACUUUAUCUUGCAACAUUCAUUUUUCCUGGUGGUUCUGGUUGGAGGAACGCUUGUCGUCAUCGUCUGUCUUCUGUUUGGACUUUUAUGCUACUGCAGGAGGAAUUUCAGUGAGAUUAAACCGAGGCAGACGGCAGCAGUGGUGAGAAAAGACCAAACCACCUCCACAGACGAUGAGGAAUCUGAAACAUCUGGACAGAACCAGAACCAGCGCAAUGGGUUCUGUGUUCCAGCGAAGAGCAGUGAUGUGAUCGCCAACCCCAGCGCUGUGGUGGUUUCAUUGGAUGGUAAUGAGUUGGACUUCAUUGGUGCGACUUCGGAACAAACCCGAACUCCGGACGGUCUGUUCUUCUACAACCAACCCGUGGCGAUCCUUCCCGCUCCGGCGUUUUUCCACCUGGAGGAACAUCCGGACCAAUCCGACUGGAGCCGGUCCGCCACGCUGCCGCGAGCCACAAACGGAGCCACCGCCGCUGAGCCGCAGAGGAAAGAAAGCUUCACCCAGACUCUCCAAACUGAGGAACAGCUCCGGACCGCUGACGGAUCAGAACCAGCAUCCAGGACGACCUUCGGCCUGCCAGAAUCGGCGUCGGUACCGGGAACGCUGAACAAACUCGCUGGAAACAGACAUUCAGUCCACGCCGUCAUGGGUUUGUCUAAAGUCGCGUUGCCCCAGCCGCCGCGGGCCUGGUUCGUCUCGCUGGAGGGGAAACCGGCCGCGGAGAUCCGGUACGCCGGGUCGGAGCAGCAGAGGCGACGGCAGACCAUGGACAGUCGAGAAACCAGUUUGGACUCCGGAGUGGAUCUGAGCGAACUGAAUCAGACGACGGGGAGGAGAGUGACUCUGGAGAGAAACGCUACGUUCAUUAAAAACCCGACGAAUAAAAACACUCAACAGUAAAAACGGGGUCCAAUCAGGACGACGGAGCAAUAGGCCUGCUGCAAGAAAAACAACGUCACAAUUAUGAGAAUAAAUUUUACGAGAAUAAAGUCAGAAUGAGAAUUGUCAUUACGUUAACACGUGCAAGAAUAAGUCAUUACGACUGUUCUAAUUAUUUUUGUACAACUUAAUUUCUAGCUUCUUUAUUUUUGCAAUACGACUAUUUUUGUAACUCUGUCCUCGUAACAUUGUGACUUUGCUACAGUAGUUAUUAUGACUUUAUUCUCGUGUUAUUUCAACUUUGUUCUCAAACAACGAUAAUUGAAUUUACUAUUCUCAUGUCAUUUUGAAUUUAUAAUAUGAGGUUUCUCGUGAUUUGACUAUUCCUGUAAUUUAUUUUUAAUAGCCCUAAUAUUUGUAACUCAGUGACUUCAGAGGUUCAGUUUACAGAUUUAAGGUUCAGAUGGUGCAGAUUACACCUUUAAAAUUGCCUUAAAGCCCCAAAACAAUUCACAUCCAUUAGUUCUCCAUUUAUAAGAAUCAGACUAACUUUCUAUUUUUGAAUAAGUUUGAAGCAAAUGUCUACUAUCUAUUAUACUGUCUGCACUAGUGAAAAUAAAAAGGGAUUGCACGACUCACUUUAAA